ACGGUUCGCCACAUUAUCGUCACGAUUGCACAAACAAUUCUACCACGCCACUGACUGAAAUCAUGCAAACCAAAGGCUAGGUGUUAAAAAUGGCCACAACAGUAAAACAGAUCGCAAUUCUGCGCAACACAACGGUAAAAAAACACACAUCAAGCACACAACCCGACGGGUGUAAACGCGCCCGCAACGAAACCUUUCCAUCCCGCACGUAUCGUACAGUGCGGUGCAGUGUUUAGCGUAGAUGCGCGUGUGUAUGUGUGUGGGUGUUUGUUUGUGUGCACGCGCGUGUGCAAGAGCCAGUGUGUGUAUGUGUGUGUGUGUGGGUGCGUGUGCACGGAGAAGGAGCUUGAUUCAGAAUAAUCACGCCACUGCGGACGGAAGUAGCCCGUGUGUGUCUUUCGGUGGUGUUGUUUUGCUCCGAAACGGGCGGGCGAAAUGGAGACGAGCGCCUGAAUUAUGUGAAAAUUGCAGCCCUGCCCACCCACCGCCUUCGGCAAAGGAUCAGCGCUGCAGCCGGAGCCGGAACGCAGCAGGCCACACAGGAAGGCAGUAGGCCACACGACGCGAACGAGUGACAGAGACAUCCACACAAACAGUGCCCCCCACCCCCACCCCCCGUGCGUGCGCGCUCCCCUGCUCUUGCCACCCUUCCCCUCCGCCGCUCCAUCUCCUCGGUGGGAUAGACGUGCGCGAACCGAGCAGCGCGCCCGCGAUACGAGCGGAGCGGAGCGAGGUGCGAGAGCGAGAUAGACACAGCGCGACGGCGACCGGAGCCACCACACACAGCGCGCAGUGUCGUAUCUUCUUCAGUUACCCACCAUCUUGGAUUUUGGGCUUGCCAGUGUUUAGAAGGGGCCGACCGAGCUCUGGGUGCUGCUGCAGCGGGCCGAGCGCGUGACACCUUCCUCGAACCAAAAAAAAGCAAAACAAAAACAAAAAAAAACAAAAGAAAAGAAAAACACACACCCGACCCUUCCGCCUUCCCUACAGAGGUCUGAUCCCCCCCCCCCUCCUUCCUAUUCUGCUCCUUCCUGCUCACCUGGCUGCCGACACCGUUGCACGUUCAUAAUAUGGCUGUGUUUCUAAUUAAUAUAUGCAAGUUCAACGGUUGUGAGCGGAUUUUUCCCAGCUUGCGCGAUUUAAUACACCACAUCGAGAACACCCAUAUAGAUGACUCACAGGCGCCGGAUGUGACGGAAAAGACGCAGCCCACCUGUCUGCCGCUCAGCUACGUGCUGCGCUUCGUCACCGACGAGAGCCGCCGGGAUGGCGGCGGUGUGGCGUCGCCGAUGGCCGCUGCCGCUGCCGCCACCUCGACCAACAGCCCGGACAAGGCGCAACCGGCCGCCGUUGCCGGGGGCAAUGGGCUGCGGCUGUCCGGUUCGGGCCAGCAGACGCUGCCACCACCGUCCUCGAUCAACCAAAAAAGUGCGGCGUCGGACCAUCACGGCACCGCCGGCACAAACGGCGGCGCCGCCGCCAACCUGCACGGCAUCGCGGCCACAAACCAUCUCGGUGCCGUUGGCACGAAUGGCACGAGCGGCAGCAGCGCACCGGCCAAUGGUGGGGGCGGUGCCACGCCGAACGGUAUCGCCGACCAGCAGCAGCAGAACGGGCUCGGUGGCGCCGUAGCAGCCGGGGCCGGCGGGCUGGAGCCGGGCAAGCCGGCCCACCUCAACCAGCAAACGGUUGGCACAACCGAUCUCAAGCGCAAGAUUGCCAUCAAACAUCACAGCUACAGCAUAUCGGCGGCGAACCGCAGCAUAACGCCAACAGGAAGCGAAAUGGAUGACGACGAGAUGAUGGUGUCCGAGUCGGAGGACAGCAACGACUCGUGGACGACGGAGGAGUUCAGCUCCGAGUUUAUCAUGCGCUAUGGCAGCAGGCGCCAUUCGGCAUCCGGCGGCGGCAGCGGUAUCAACUCGACGAACGAGAAACCGUUCGCCUGCCCGGUGCCAGGUUGCAAGAAGCGCUACAAAAACGUGAACGGCAUCAAGUACCAUUCGAAGAACGGGCACAAAAAGGACGGAAACCGGGUCCGCAAAGCGUUCAAAUGCUACUGCGGCAAGAGCUACAAGACGGCCCAGCGGCUGAAGAACCACAACGUAGUGGUGCACGCGGCCGGCGGCCAGAACGGUGGCUCCCCGAUCGAUGGGCCGAGCGUGCCGGUCACCACCGUGCCGCUCGCUUCGCCGGCCGGCGGCGGCGGUGGCCUUUCCUCGCCGGCCGCGCUGAUCUCACCGCCGAUCAAAUCUCCCUCGCUGACGAACGGCGGCCAGAGCGCGGCCGGCCCGAACGCCACCCUCCCCAGCAGCGGUAGCAGUAUUGUGACAGCGGCCGCCGCCGCCAUCGCAUCUAGUCAAAUCGGUACAAACGCAACCACCACCAACACCAGCGCGACGUGCACCACUAGUCCAUCCACGCUUACGAUCACGCAGGUGACCACCCACAAGGUGCCGCGGGCGCUCGUGCUGGCCGCGAAUGGUACCGGCACGGGGAGCGCGGUUGCCGGCAGCACCGGCACCACCGUCACGGUCGGCAACAGCCCCAACGCGCUGCCGGUGGUAAGCGGUGCGUCCCCGCCGGCGGUCGGGUUUCCCGUGUCGCCUACCACCAUCACGUCGGCGGGCGUAUCGCCGGUAAGCAUUAAGUACGACAAUCUCGGCAUCCUGACACCGGCCACCUCGCCGAAGCUGAUCGCGGCCAGCCUCUGCGGCCAGGAGGGUGGUGGCAACCAGCCGCAACCGGCGCCGCCGCCCCCACCACCGACGGUGGUUACGACGGCAACGAUGCCGGCCGGCAGCAACAACACCACCACCGUGCUCGGUGGCAUCUCGCUGAAGGGUAGCGGUACCGCCGCGACCGUCAACGGCGAACUGGUCGGCAAUGGGAACGUUGGCACGAUCGCACUAGUCGUGUCGGCCUCGUCCGCGACCGUCGCCAAUGGCAGCGAGGCCAAGCUGCUGACCGGUGGCGGUGGCGGGACCGGCCCCACCGUCAAAAGCGCAGUCCUCUCGGCGUCGGUCACGGCCGGCCAGCUGUUCGCCGAAGAGACGUAGCCGAUACUUAAGAAUUUACUGCUGCGCAAGUAUUGACUGGCUAGAGAAAGGGUACCUGUUCGACUAGUUUUUAACCACCGUUUCGUUUCUGCGGACGGAAGGCGGCAACCAUAACGCACCACGCCGCUUUCCCUCCCACUGCGCAGCUUGCAGUCUUGCUGUGGCCCUGUUUCCUCCCUAAAAAUAAUCCCGCACACCGUCAUUGUGUUAUCUUCAAAGCAAGUCAGACGAUAAGACGACUGCGCGUCCCAAAGGGCAAACCACAUAGACACGCGCGCGCGCACACACAGAUACACACACACACACACACACACACACACACACACACACACACACACACACACACACACACACACACACACACACACACACACUGGAAUAUCCACUCGAUUUCAAAUUAAAAGGAAAAAAAACAUAUAAAGCAAGCUGGAGGGUUAUCGAAAACAAAAAAAAAAUACGUUAGCAUAAAUUAUCAAUAAUUGUAUACAACACACAUGGAGGAGCGGUUAAGUUUGUUUUGCAGCGUGAGUUAGCAUACUAUUAUUUAAUUUUGUGUUUGCUAUGUUCCUUCCCCUCGCGCGAUCGCGAUUCAAGAAAGGCUUUUAAACAAAUUUAAUCCUAUAGCUGCUUCCCGACCCCGUUAGGGGGAGGGCGACAAAAAAAAAAAGCUGACCAGCAGCAGCAGCAUGAAUUUCCCUCAAGCGAAAGGAAAUUAGGAAAGGUACUGCUAGAGCAAGGUAUUGCGGGGAGGAAAGUAGGCACGUACUGAAAUUAAUCAAACCAAUUUUAGUUAUCAGUGGUUUAGUCAGUGGUGUGUGGAUGUAUGUGGAUGUGUAUGUGUGUGUGUGUGUGUGGUGUUUGAUCCCAUUUUAAAUCAUUUUAGUCAUGAAUUAGCAUUGCUUGUUGCUUGCUAACCUGUGAGCGUGCGGAAUCGUGUCCGUCUUGGUAGGGAAGCGCGCGCCAAUACCACCAAACCGAAUACCAAUUUCUUCAAAGCGUGAGGGAAGGGUAGCUGGCCUUUUAGUAGGCUUUAGCGAAAACGGAGUCAACACAUCAUCAGUAGGGGCCGUGCGUUUGUUGAAAACAAAACUUCGCUUUUUGUGUAUAGUUUCAUUUCACUAACUUUAAAGCACUAUUUAUUUUAACAAAGGAUAAUAUUUAUUAAUUGUACAACCUUGCUUGUCUUGCGUUAUUUUGGGGGUCCCCUUUUGCCCCCAUUUUUCCCUUCCAUCCCGGCUGCUUCUCGCUACUCCUCUUUUGGAGUUGUGGAGUGGGAGUUUCUGCUUCUUUAUAUUUUGAUUUAAGCCUAAACACGUAACACGUAACAUGCAGUGUGCAAUAACAAUAAUCUGUGACAUGUCCCCCCCCCCCCCCCUCUCCAAUCGGUUUCUAACCAAACACAUUUAUUUCUUUUUUUAUGUAUAUUUUUAUUUUUUUUAAAUUUACUACCCGCACCGUUUCCUUAUACGCGAUUGUGCUGCUUUACUUCCUUUACUUCACGUAUGCUUUAGCGUAUGAAGUUUAUUUACGCGAUUAUAUUGUUGAUGAUUGGACGACUCUAGCGAGAUAAUAGUGAAGGAAGGAAAGAGAGUUAGAGAGACAGCCGGAGAGAGCGAGAGAAGGAUGUGAAGUGUGUAGUAGCGCUACUAGUAUCGGCAUUCGACCGCACUGAAGAUGAGAGUUGUCGAUAAGAGGAUGGGGCAGUCGCGUUCGCUGAAAGGGAAGCUAUUAAAUUAAAUUAAAUCAAUUUACCGCGCCCCGAUCCAUAUAACGCGCACGGGAUGGUUCCACCCCACUGCGGUGGGGUGCUUUGACGGUGUUUUACAACCCCUCCAUCCGUCGCACAGUAAUGUGUGUGUGUGUGUUUCUGUUGUAGUAGUGUAAUAGUAGUAGUAAUAGUAGUAAAAGAAUGUGAAUAUGAGGAGAGAGAAGAGCGAAGGCCAAUAUGAAAAGGAUAGGGCGGGAAGGGGAGCAUAUGUACGCGCUAAACGAGGAUCUCAGAAUGAUUUGUUUUAAAUCUUUUGAACGUAUGUCACUUUCCAAAAACAACCAAAACUCAUCUUAUCGAUAGUGUAAUGAUAGGGCAAAGGAGAGCUAAAGCGUAAGCAAAAUCGAGAGAAGAGAGUCGUGGGCGAGAAGUAUAAACAUUAUCAUAAUACGCAACAGUACGCUCUAAUUAGUUUGAAAGCAAACCACAGCAGCUGCAAAAUAAUUCAACGCAAGGAUCACGCGUCUCAUUCAACUGCAUCCAAACUGCAUGCACACCUAUAUUGUUCCUGUUAUCAUUAAUAAUUAGUAAGCAACAGAUUCUACACGCACAUACACACACACGCGCGCAUACACAAUAUAUACACACAUACACACAUACAUGAGACUAUUGACUAGUGGCUUACAUUUGCUGUGAUUUCUUUUUCCUUCCCAUUGUUUUUUAGUCUAUUUUGUUUUGUUUUGUUUUUGUUCAUUCAUCUCAUCCAAACAUCAUUAUCGUUCCUUUAUUCGUUCAAUAUACAAACGUAGGAUGUAGUUUUUUUAUUUAGUUUACAAUGCAUUUCCCAUUCACCGUGUUUUCUUCUUUUUUUUUGUUCUGAUUUUAUUUAACCACUUUUCUGCCUGGUUUUUUAGAUUGCGAGCGUUUACAAGCAUGGCAACUAACAUCUCAACUGUAGUUUUGUACCAACAUUCAAAGAACCUAUAUCCCGUUUUUUCUUCUUUUCGAUUUCAACACACAUACACAAAGACACAAAUACACACACACAUAUAUACAAGAAAAAAUGAAAAGAAAUGAUGAAGGAAAGAAUCAAAGCCAUAAUUAAUCGUAAACAAAAUCCCCCAUUUAACGUUAAUAGUGAGUGUUGGUGGAAGCCGAGAGGCGGAAAAAGAUGAUUGUGUAAUAAUGGGCGCGCGUUUAGUAGGCUUCUAGAGGCGUACGGUAUUUUGGUUUUGUUUAUUUUUUUGUUGAUGUUUUUUUUUUGUUUUACUAUCCAACGAACCGGGAAACAUUAUUAGUUUGUAGGUAAAUUAUAUAAAGCUCCCCUCCCAUCCCCAUUCGCCACUCUUCCCUCUGUUCCUUGUACCCUGCCGUAAUGUAGAAUUAAAUCAUUAAAAAAAAAAACAAAA